AUGGCUGAAGAUCCCCAGCCACUUACUCUUCAACAGCGUAUUGCCGCUCUCAAUGCUGCUCACAUUGGCCGGGUUCCAGGAGAUCCUCCCCGACCCUCGUCUCACCCAACUCCGCCCUCGAUCCCUACGAGACGUCCAAUUGUUGUUAAGCAAAACACGAUCAACAACCCUCCAGAAAACCUCAAUGGUUCAGUCACAGACUCGAGAAUUGGCAACAAGCCUGCUCCUCCCCCUCAGCCGCCUGUUCGAAAACAGCCACCACCCCUUCCAACAAGAAACAGCUCGCUGGACGAGGAGAGGAGGGGCUCGGUAGCGUCCACCGCGUCCAGUGGCACAACCAACACGACUGAAACCUCAUCUGCGCGUGUGACCGCUACACGAACGAAAUCAACAGAUUCUGCUAGUCGAAUUAAAGCACCCGCUUGGGGUGAAUGUGAAUUGCCCGCCCUCCCUCCCAAGGGCCAACAAGCGAAUCCUCCUACAAGGAAAUACUCGGAAGAAAGACCGAAAUAUGUUAAUCGGGCACCGUCGAGCACUUCUAUAGUCAGUAUCGCUUCCAGCACCGAUACGAGACCUCAGCCACCUCCACGACCCGCACUUCCCCCACGACUUCCAUCCCGCAAGCCUUCGAUCGAACACAGAGAACAUGUCGCAGAUGCACCUGUCAGAAAACUUCCUCCCAUGCCAUCGCUUGACUCAAUUGAAAGAGCCAAACGAGCUGCCUUCUCGCAAGGUUCCCCAACCGAGCAGGACACUACACAGCAUAUACAGCAGUCACCAUCGACAAUAAUAUCCAAGAAAGACCACAUACCGGCCUCCUUUCGAAAUCAUAUACCUGUCAUUGGCAAGGAACAGCUCCCCACCCCUGUUCGUGAGAAGAUCGCACCAAGAAUUCCUCUGCCUUCAAAGACCCAAUUAGAUCACAUCUCGUCAUCCGCAAGAGAAUCCUUCAACAAACAUGCUCCCAUGGUCAAAGAGACGGUUACCAACCAUGUCACCCAGAACCACGCACCGCCUCCUAUCCCGAUGUCCUCUCGACCAGAUCUUUCAGCAAUACAAGCUACAAAACCUAAGUUUAGCACGAGUCCGACCUUGGUGAAUGGAAACGUAUCGUCCGUAGGCAAUGUAUGCCUUGUCUGCAGAGAUUUCUCAGCGCCUGAUCAACAAGCUGCCCUCUUCCCUCGUACUCAUGUCACAUCACUUCAGACAUUAGCUCAUUCACUGACUGCACCAUUUCCUUCCGACACGGACAAAGCUCGAGCACUAUUUACCUGGCUGCACCUUAAUAUUUCCUAUGAUGUUGUGAGCUUCUUCAACAAUAAUGUCCGGGGUUCGACACCUCAGUCAACACUACAGAGUGGUCUUGCGGUGUGCGAGGGCUAUGCGGCUCUGUUCACGAAUCUGGCGACGUAUGCAGGACUGGAGUCGGUUGUCAUCUCUGGGCAUGGAAAAGGUUAUGGGUUUGAUGCUCUGGCUCCUGGUGCCCCACUUCCACCUUAUAAUGCCGGUCACGCGUGGAAUGCCGUCAGAAUUGACCACGGAGAGUGGAAGUUGAUUGAUGCUUGUUGGGGUGCUGGUUAUGUUCAGGGAGCUGGGCAGCCAUACAUUCAAAAAUUCAACCCGGAUUAUUUCUCUAUGACGAACGAGCAAUUUGGUGUGAAGCAUUUCCCCGGCAACAAAGAUCAUUUCUUCUUGCCUGGCGGCCGACGCAUGAGCUGGGAAGAAUACAUUGUUAUCGACCCUGCUUGCUGGCCUGACAUGGUGGAAGGCCCCACGGUGUUCACUAAUGCCAAGGAAGACUAUUCAAUUGGGGAGAAGACUGUCUAUCCUCGAGCAAGGAAGAUCAACGUCAGACAAUCUGGCUCAGUGCGUUUCCAAUUUGGACUUCUAUGCCCGCAUUGGACGCUCGAGCACCACACCCGAAAGGGCUUACCACCAGUCUUUAUCGUUGCGAUCCAUGGAGUCGAUGGUCGGAACAAAGACCAUGUUCCUAUGGAUCUUCAUCCAGGACCUUCGGGCCAAGGCGGAAAUAUCUGGAGUCUCGAUAUCCCUGCCCAGCAACUGGGAGCUCCAGGUCAAACCGUGACGCUCUUCGCUGUGACGUCAUUCGGCGAUAGACAAGAUGCCCGGGGUCUCACGGUCCGGGAAUUCAAAGAAGGGAAAGGAAGAGUCGGGAUGGGAUUUGUCGGCGUUGCUGCUUGGGACUUGGUAUGA